CAAUUUCUCGUACGAUGGCUUCUUUCCUAUUUAAAAGUGCUGGAGUUGCUCUCGGUGCAACUUACGUUGAGAAAUUGUACGGCCCAAAGGAUCCGGAAAAUUUGUUUGGUGCAACGACUGUUUUGCUUAUCGGAACCGGUCUUUGGUCUGUACUGCACGGAAUGAAGGUCGGCAAAGCUCGCUCCAAAUACAUGGAACUCGCCACGAAAGACGGCGAAGAGGACGUGGAACAUCGCUAUGCAUUGCCGAACCUGUACGUGCAAGGGAUCUCAAAACAUGCCCGGGCGUUUAACGCUAUUCAGCGAUCGCACCAGCACAUAUUCGAAACCUUUCCCCAGCUCGCGCUCUCAGCAAUGGUGGGCGCCCUCAAUUUUCCCAUUACGGCCGCCUUAUCUACAUUGGUGUAUGUAGCUGGACGUGUAGCCUUUUCCAACGGCUACGCCAACUCGGAAGGCGAUGUCAGCAAGCGUUAUUCUUCCAAGCUCGCGCCCUAUAUGUGGUAUGGUCUCCUCGUUAAUUUUGCGGUUGGUAUCGUGUCAAGCAUCAAAAUUAUUGCGUCAAAGAAGAUUUCUUGAUAGCUUUUCUAUGAAUCAGGAAAUUGUGAAUCUUCCGUAGGGGAUACGAUCAACGAAGACUUCAGGACUUUCGAUGUACAAGCGGAAACAUUAUAUUAGCUGGCUCUGGUAGCUACCGUGCAAACAUGUUGUUUCAACAUUUAAUUUAUGACUCUUUAUUUAUCUAUG